AAAGUCCACUGCCUAGCCGCUGUGUUGUGAGAUCUCUUCAUUCAAAACCAGUCAGGACCAACGAAGACACCACGUUUUUCUCCUGGUGGAUAGAGGGGUGUCUCAACAUGAUGACAGAAAGCAUCAAGUCUUUUCGUAUUGACGACCUCCUAGCGUCGGACCGGCGCAAGCUGCAGCGAGCUUCGGGGCUAGGCGUGUGGAGUCCCCGGCAGAGAAGCCCGACCGCCUCGGAGCCAAGUCCACGGGGCGGUCCGGACACCCCGCCCGUCUCACCCUUAGCCGAGGAGAGUUCUAAGAUGUCGCCGCCGUCCAGCUUCGUCCCGAGACCGGGUCUGCUUCACCUGCACCCGUCAGCCGGCCUACCCCUGCACCCACACCCCGCCUACAGCCAGCACCACUUCCCGUUAACGGCUAACGGGGCGCACCACUUCGGCUUCUCGGGCUUCCACCCGCAUCACCCCGACCAUCUCAAAACAGCCAUGCCGUUCGAGUGGGUCCGAGCUGCGGGGAUGAUCAUGCCCAGAAUGGAUUACGGAGUGCACCCGUCGCAGGCCAGCCCGCUGUGUAAGACCCGCCGGCCCCGCACGGCCUUCACCAGUCAGCAGCUACUGGAGCUGGAGAAGUACUUCAAGGAAAACAAGUACCUGUCCCGGCCCAAGCGGUUCGAGGUGGCGACAGCACUGAUGCUCACAGAAACACAGGUCAAAAUAUGGUUCCAAAAUCGCAGGAUGAAGUGGAAGAGAAGCAAGAAGGCCAAAGAUGAAGUAGCUCAAGAUAAAUCCACGAGCGGGAGCGCGAAGGCCACCGAUUCCUCCAAAAUGGCGGACCCCAAAGACAAUUUCAACAUGGCGGAUCUUAGUGACCCGGAUGAAGACUACAGCGAGCAUGCGCAGGAGGAGAUAGACGUAACGGACAGUAUUGAUGGUUCAUCAGACAACGAAGAAUCAACGAAGUCAUUGCAGAUAUCCUUACAGACGAAAUCUGACGUAACGUCAAGAUGAUUUGAUAAAUUACAUGCCAUAACUUCUCUAGAAUCCAGUACCUUCUGUAGUUAAUUAUUGUAAUCUAUAGAAAAUUUGAUGUAUGCCACUUAAUGGUGAAUCGAAAACGCCUUUUUGGUGCUCUAUGUUAUUAGAGAUGUGUACAGACGUGUAAUAUAUUUUCUUUGUGGUUUACCCUAAGGAAAAGAAAUACAGAACACACAAAAUGAUCAUGAUGUAAUCUCAACUACGUAAGCAUCCCCAUCAAUUGAUUUCUUUGAUUUUUAAAGUUUAUUUGACUUAACAAUUGGAGGGAGAGAAAGAAGGAGAUACAAAUUACUUCUUCAGGUUGUUUUCCCAUGGUUGUCUUCCUCGAUUCACCACAAUGUACGGUUAGCUGAUUCCUAAAGAUGCGUUGUUGGGUACACUUGAAGAAGUCAUUUUAUUGCACAUACAUAUACAUAUGUUAUACGUAGGUGUUUCUGUCUCCUUGUGUUAAAAUUUGUUAUCGCGUAUUUUGUGAUAGAAGGGCCCAUUGUGUGCAGUGCAGAUAAGAGUAUAUACCAAUGGUAUUUCAAGUGUAUUUAUUGUUUGCAGAUAUGUGUGUGAUAGACACUAACGUGAUAUGAUGCCAGGUGCACCACAAUAAAAUCAAUAUCUCAUAAGCUCUCCG